CCGUGUCUCUCCACGCACGAGUGUUUUUUUUAUUUUUUUAAUUUUUUUAAAACGAACUGCAGUGCUGUCUCUCUCUCUGUGACUUUUGUUUGUUGCGUUUGUGUCUCCGAGCGAGUCGCUCUUCUCGGGGCCACUGAGGCGAAUCGAGAGAGUAACGGUCGCGGUUGUGUGAGCGCGAGGAGGCGAGGGUGGCGCUCAGCCUCCUCCUUAUAAUUUGUUAGCUCAUCUCUCUCUCAUAUAUAUCUAUCUUUGUCUCUAUCAUAAAUAUCUGUCUCUCCAUAUUGUAUUUAUCUAUAAUCUGUAUAUCUGCCAGGCUAUAUUGUUUAUAAUCUGUAUCUCAGUCUCUCUCUCUCUCUCUCUCCCUUCACUGACUCCACCGCCACUCGCUCGCGAUGUGCGAAUUAUUACUUUUACGUGUCUUACACUCACUGCUCGGUAAUUUUUACUCUCUCACUCACCAUGUUUCCCUGCAGGAGACGCCUCCAGCGAGGACGCGUUCAGCAUGGACGCGGGCGCAGAAGAUGUGCGGCGUUUCCUGCGCGACUUUGUCGAGGAGUUCCCGAAACCGCCGGCGCCCGAGGAGCCGCUGCCCUGUGCCCCCCACAGCAGCCAGGUCAGCGCUGACGAAGUCCACGGGGAGGCCCUGGAGAUGGCAGCCUGCCUGCUGGCCGCAAGGAAGGCGCCCCCCCUGCUGAGCGCCUCCCUGGUCGGUGCAGCUGUGUCCGAGCUCCUCGAGAGUGACCUCAGCCCCUUCCGCUGCCCGCAGGAGCCAGGCCAGGAUGUUGUGUUGCUCCAGUCAGACCCGCUCCAGCGCCUCCUGUUCAGCAAGCUGUGGGAGUUGGUCUUCUCUUGGCACCAGAAAACCCCCAUCCUGCCUCAACCCCCCACCCGCUUUCUGCGCGCCUCCAUCCACGCUAUCCGCAACACGCGACGGAAGAUGGAGGACCGUCACGUGGCCCUGGCGCAGUUCAGUCAGCUCCUUGGCAUUAAGGACGGGGUGCAGCGCGGCUACUUUGCAGUGUUUGACGGUCACGGUGGCGUCGAUGCCGCUGCUUACGCCGCCACUCACCUGCACGUGGUUCUCAGCCUGCAGGAGGCGCUGAAGAGCGACCCGGUCACUGCCCUCAAGAGCGCUUUCAGGCGCACGGACGACAUGUUCAAGCUGAAGGCCACAAGAGAGCGCCUGCGCAGCGGCAGCACGGGUGUGGCUGUUUUGGUGGCGGACGACUGGCUGCAUGUGGCCUGGCUGGGGGACUCCCAGGUCAUGCUGGUGAGUCAGGGGGAGCCGGUCACUCUCAUGGAGCCCCACAAGCCGGAGAGGGAGGAUGAGAAGCAGAGGAUCGAGAAUCUAGGUGGAUGCAUAGCUUUCAUGGGAUGCUGGCGAGUCAAUGGCACUUACGCCGUUUCCAGGGCAAUCGGCUUCUUCUGUUCCCUUCCCUGCCCAUCUCUGCCAGGCGACUUUGACCAGAAGCCUUACAUCUCGAGUGACGCUGACGGCACGUCGAUGCACCUGGCUGGCCAGGAGGACUACGUCCUGCUGGCCUGCGAUGGCUUCUUUGACGCAGUGCAGCCGUCUGAGGUGCCCGGCCUGGUGAACGAGGCGCUGCUGGAGAGCCAGGGACAGGGCGACCCGGUGGCCCAGCGGCUGGUGGCACAGGCGAAGGCUUCUGGCUCCAGUGACAACAUCACUGUGAUGCUGGUCUUCUUGAGGGACCCAGAGCUUUUGCUGAGGGAGGCGGUGGGGCGAAGCACACCGAGUUUCCCCGGGGAGGAAGCCGACGCUCCUCGACCGCAGUCGGCCUGAGGCAUCGGCACAGGCUGCGCUCGAUCCGUGACGCUGGUGUUUAGUGUACGUGUAAAUAGGAUGUGGUUUCAUGUAACUACUGAGUUUUUUCCUUCGCCAAUGAUAAAGUGUAAACGUCCGCUUGGGGUGCCGCUCAUGGUUUCUGUCACAGAGUUUUGCAGAUUGUGAAUGGGGGCGUGAUUCACUUUUGAUUUAGCCCCUGUACAGCUGCUGUAGUUUUCUUUUGGGGGGGGAGGGGGUGGGGGUGUUGUUUCAAGGUUUUGGUUUUGACAUUUUUUCCCUGAUGUGUCGUUGCGGAUCAGUAGGUGAACACAGUGAUGACAGGAGCUUACUGUGUCACUUGAGCGCGUCAGAGAUCUGUUACAUUUAAUUCAUUUUUUUAUAGAGUGCUCUUCUCAUGCAGUGACACAGAGCGUUUAACAUCUAGCAGCCUGGUCUCAUAGAGCUUCUGUGCUAAUGCUGCAUUUCCAAACGAGCCGGAAUUCUGCUCUUUCACUAAAGUUGUGCUCGUGCUGGAGCUGAGCUCUGUGUUCGUGUGCAACACUCAUGGGCUCAUUGAGCACGUGUGUGUACAUACAGUGGUGUGUGACAUUAUUUCACCAUAUCUUUUCCAUACGUUAAAGCAUCUUUUUUCUUUUCCUAGCAGGAAAGGAAAAAAUGACUUUAAAAAAACUAGUACAUAAUCCACGAGAAGAACAAACUGGAGACGUCUGUUUCCACUAAAAUAUUUGGCUAUGGCUUCAUCCUCACCAUUCCACUGUGUUCUUGUUCAGCUGAACUUCCUGCUCGCUGCAGAAACGUCGGCACUGGGCCGAGCCGAACCAAAGGCAGCAGGAACACUGAGCACACACCUUGCUGGCCAUCUGCAGCUGACCGACGUCUGGAGCUUAAUGAGGGCCCAGUGGCCGGAGCAUCUGCUAGAAUAUUCUGAAGCCUUUAGGUGUAUAUCUGUAGUUAUAUGAUACAAUGGCCUAUUAAUAGGGAAUGGAAAGGGAAGGCAAAGAUGGUGUAAAAUAAACCAGCUCUGCUCAUCUGGUCAGAGUUUUCCUGCUGUCCUGUGCUACUGGGGGGCAGAACAGAGAUCACAUGGAGGACAUGUGGAACUGCCCUUUGUGGUCCUGGUCAGGAAGUGUUCGCAUCUCAUUUUGAGCUUGACUCAUUUUCCUGUGGUUCACUGUGAAACUGCUGGGAAAUGUGCAAAACGGAGAUUGUCACCCUGCGCUCCCAGUCACGGUCAGCGUGCGCUCGUUCGGCGAAUGUACACCAUGUCCUGGGCCACGAGAGCAAAAAACUUCUUGCCAAAGAACAUUUUACCCCCACACAAUAUCACCAUAUCAAAGUUUCGCAUAGCUGGUGUCGAAUGCAGUUGCACCGAAACAAAGGCAAUUGUCACAGGGCUCAGCCGAAACACAGCAGUGUUAUAUUUCAGGACUGCUGGGGGCUUGGAGCUCUUUGCUCUUUAAUACUCCUGUUGGGUGACACCCAGAUGCAACUCAACUAGCAGCGCGCAGAAUUUUGAUGAGCUGGGGUCUCGUAUCACACAGGUGCCACUGUGAAGCAAAGCUGGGAACCAAAUAUUCUUGUCUUUUUCUUGUUACACUUAUUGGGUUGUAGUCAGAAAUGCUUGAAAAAGCAGAACAUUUACUUAUGUGUUAUUUGUUUCCAUGGUAUCUGUGUUAAUAUUGUGACGGUAGCCUCAUCUACACCCUUUUUCUGCAUCUGUUCCACGUGAGUGUGGGGGACAUUUGUAAGGAUUGUUAAUGAAAUUAUACAGUAUUAAACUUCCAGUGUUAUUAGUUUUAGUAUGUACUCUUCCACAAUGAAAUGGUCUUUCCUUCUUUUUUAGUCCUGGGGGAGGUACUGGAAUUAAAUAAAACUGACGUGAGGUAAUUUUGUACUUAACUGCUUUUAUAUUACAUUUGUAGGUCAUCUUACAUACAGUAAGUUAACUUUUUAAGUGCCUUAAAGAUUUAAAACCAGUCAGUUACUAUAAUAGCUUGCAGAUUUGCAUAAUGUGAACGUCAAGAGCUUCACACCACAAGGGAAAUACUUUAUCAAGAUUUAGAUUUAAAACAUUACAUUGAACAUUGACCGAGGAAGUGGAUGAUGUGGUACUCUUGGGUGUAACUCCUAUGAAAGGUCUAGUGAUCAUUUUCUGUUUUGUGGCAGUGUUGCCGAACACACUCUUCACACGCUCACCUGUGCUUCUCAAGUUGUGGUGAUGUGUGUGUCAUCAGUGUUUUGUGACUUGCAGUAUUACGUCCUGUUUGUUUUUUCGUGAUGUGACAUUUUCUAAGACCUGUUGCUAUUUCUCUGUUGCUUAUUAUGUUUUUUCCAGUAUUUAUAAAUGUGCUAUAAUAAAUUUGAAGUUAACCAAGUUGCACUGAAGGGAGUUGUGUGUA